AUGGCGGACGCGCUGCGGUUGCGCACCGCGUGUGUGCUGACCGACUACCUGGAGUACUGCGCCCGGGAGACAGGCAGCGCCCCGCGGCCGCCGUCCACUCCGGAGGCCGCCGUGCUGCGCUCCGUGGCCACCCACAUACAGCAGCGUUACCAGCACGUCUGGUCCCACUACCGCGGAUAUCGGGGAAACCGCAUCGAGCUGGUGACGCAGGUGGCGCACGAGAUAUCCCACGGCAUCCGCGGCCCCACCUGGGGCCGCGUGGUGGCGCUUGUGACUUUGGCGGGGACGCUGCUGGAGAGACCGCCGCCGGGCCACAUGUUGGCACUGAAGGAGUGGGAGGCGGACGUUGACCGCGACUGCCAGAGCCUGGUAGCCUUGCUGUGCGAUUGGCUCACCGGGCAGCACCGUGCUUGGCUGGAGGCGCAAGGCGGCUGGGAUGGCUUUUGUCAAUUCUUCACACCUGCACUUAUCUUGGAGAAGACUACUGGUCCAAGUUAUUCUGUCAUACUUUACAGCAACAAUCUUAACCUAUUUAUGGACAAAAUUAUCGUGAGUUCCCAAAUUUUUAACCCAUUUCUACCUGCCUAA